AUGGCCGACAGGAGCUGGAUGCAAUUACAUAGAGGGCAUCCGCGAUACAUGAGAGGAAUUUUUGAACUUUUCAAGUUUGUCCGUGGCAAGACUUCUCCUGGACAACUUUUCCACAUUUGUCCCUGCGGAAAAUGUCGCAACAGAUCUGCCAAUUCUGUAACUUUUGAGGACAUGUAUGUUCACCUGUCACAAUACGGUAUUUGUCCCAGUUAUACCACUUGGACAUGGCACAGCGAAGUAAGUGAACAUAUGCCCACAUUUGUAGAUAUUCAAGCACAACGUAACCAGGACAAGUCUUCCUCUAGUGCAAAUUUCGGGGACCCUAGUGUGAUGAAUUUCUUAAACGAUGCAUUUCCGUCUACCUCAGCAUACGAUGGAAGUGUUCCACAGGACAACAGCAAUACAACCUUCCCUGAUGUCUCCCAGGUCGACAGUAGUGACUAUGAUAGUUAUAACAAGGUUAUGCGGCAAGAACAGACACCGUUGUACCCCGGAAGUGAGCAUAUUGUGUUGGAAACUGUCAUGAAGCAGAUGAGUAUCAAAAAGAAGAGGAACAAGACCGUUGCUUGUUUUAACGAUGACAUUGCACUUCUGAAUGAGUUGCUUCUUGCUGACAACAACUGUCCGGAAAAUUAUGACAAGGUCAAAAGCAUCUUGAGUGAGUUCGGUCUUGAGUACAUCAAGAUAGAUGCAUGCGUCAAUAACUGCAUCAUGUACUACAAAGAUUAUAAGGACACAUUCGAGUGCCCACACUGCUAUGAGCCGAGGUAUGAACCACACGCUCGUUCUACACAGACAGACCCCAUUCCUAGGAAGGUUUUUCGCUAUUUCCCAUUGGGUCCUCGUCUACAACGUCUCUACAAGUCUUCACAUACGUCCAAGCAUAUGAGAUGGCACCACGAAAGGCACCAGCAGGGGCCAGAUAGGCCUAGGAUAGAUCCGGAUAAUCUCACACACCCCGCAGACGGGGAGGCUUGGAAUCACUUUGAUCGUUCAUUUCCUGAUUUUGCCUCUAAAUGUCGAAAUGUCAAACUUGGACUAGCAACAGACGGAUUCAAUCCUACUGGAGACAUGAAUAACUCUUACAGUAUAUGGCCUGUGAUAGCAUUUCCGCUCAACUUGCCUCCAAACAUGUGCAUGAGGACGGAGUAUAAUUUUCUUACUGUGUUAGUUCCGGGCAAGUAUUCUCCAGGAAAGUGCUUGGACAUGUACAUGAGGCCAUUAAUCGACGAGCUCCUGCAGUUAUAUGAAAAUGGAAUCCAUACUUUUGACAGUGCUAGAUAUGUAAACGACCAGAAUCCUCUCACCCUUGAAGAGUUUAAGUAUUGGACGCACAAGAGUUCAUUCUUUGAGUUGCCUUACUGGUCGACGUUGAAGAUCAGACACAACUUAGACGUCAUACACAUAGAGAAGAAUGUUUGUGACAGCAUCCUUGGAACAAUUCUAGACAUCAAAGACAAGACCAAAGACACUGCCAAAGCUCGUGCUGACCUUCAAAAGAUGAGUAUACGUCGAAAGCUAUGGAUAAAGCUGAACAAAAAGACCGGCAAGCAUGUAAUUCCUCAAGCAAGCUACACGGUGGUUCCUAAUAAGAGGUCGGAGAUAUUUAAGUGGCUUCAUGAGGUUAAGUAUCCUAGUGGGUAUGCCGGAAAUAUAGCUCGAUGUAUUAAGAUGGGGGAAAAUAAGAUUAUCUGGUUGAAGACCCAUGACUGUCAUGUUCUGCUACAACGUCUUCUUCCUGUGGUCAUUCGCCCGUAUUUGCAGAGUGAUGUGGUUGACACGUUGGUGGCUUUGUCCAACUUCUUUUAG